CGAUUGGUUUGGCUUCUUGGCGCUGCUUCUGGGUGGAGUUUUUCGUUAUAAAAAGCCGCCACGCGCCGAGCAAGCCAUCAAGUCUUCUGACAGCUGCUCUGCUUCCAAGAACCCUCUCAAAAUGUUCAAACUGUUCGUUUUCCUCGCGCUUUGCCUGGCCUUUGCCUGCGCCGCUCCGGGUCUGCUGCACUCGUCCGCGCCCAUCCUGACCACCUCGUACCACAGUCUGCCCGCGGUGCGAGUGAUCAGCAGCCCCGUGUGGACCCACUCCCACAGCAUUGUGCGCCCCUUGAGCUACGGCAGCUACGGCCAUGGCUACGGCUGGAUCUGACGAUCUGAGAGGAUCGCCAGGCAGCUGACAGC